AUGGAUAUUUUCAGUGCUGGACAGCAAUGUUGUUAUGAAAAAAGUGGAAACCUGUUGGUGGGUGCCCCAGGAGGAGGCUCAGUUGACAAAGUUUCCCCACAAAAUUUUCUUGGCCAUUUCCUAGAAGAUGUCCUUCCUGCUUUUCUCUGCUGCUUUGGACCGCUUAGUAAUUGUGAUGCUUAUUAUCAGAAGCGUCCUUCCGACAAUGGAGAAGGAUAUAACCCACCCAAUCCUGGGUGUGUCUAUGGAGAUCCCCACAUUGUGACUCUGGAUGGAUUUAAGUACACCUUUAACGGCAAGGGAGAGUACCUGAUAGCUCAAGUGGAUGACAUCUUCUCAUUUCAGGGACGAAUGACCCAAGCUGUGAAUCCUCAAGGAGACCCAGUUGGAGCUUCUGUCUUCUCCACUGUUGCUAUGAGCGACGGUUCUAGUAUAAUCCAGUUUCAAGUUGGUUUUUCCGAUGACCCUGAUGCUCUUAUAAAUGGAACAUUUAUCGAUUUUACUGAAGUGUCUCUUCAACAAUUCAAUGGAGUGGCUGUCGAAAAAGAUAGAAAUAAACUUUUUGCGAGAUUCAAUAGCGGAGCGUAUAUUGAAGUUAGAGAAGAGAAUGGUUUCUUAUCAAUUCUGUUAGUGAGUUUUCCCAUUUUAUGGAAAGGGAGAACCCAAGGGUUAAUAGGAAACUACAAUGGGGAGACAGCUGAUGACCUCACACCACGUACUGGGAAUCCCCUUUCGCUGGAUGCGGACUUGAAGACCAUCCAUGAAAUGUUUGGAGUUACGUGGAGUAUUAACAGGCCACAAGACAGUCUUUUCACAUAUCCUGAGGGUGAGAGCUGGGCUAACUACACCUUCCCGAACUUUGAACCGACAUUCGAGGUAGUAUUUUCUAAUCCAUCCCUAGAGCAGGAAGCAGAUGACCUCUGUGGGGAUGACUUUUUCUGUCGGUUUGAUAUAGCCACGACUGAAAACACUAUGGUCGGACUCUCGACCCUCAAUGGAGGACAGGAGUUUGAAGAUAUUGUGAACAUUUCCCGACCAACUGUAUGUGAUCCACCAUGCCUCAACGGGGCUUGCAUUGCCACAAAUACCUGCAGCUGCUCCGUUAGCUACACUGGGGUCAGGUGUGACACGUCCCUCGCGAUGGAUUGUGACGUUAGUCCAUGUGAGAACAAUAGAAGCUGUGCGCUACUAGCUGGAUCCUACAUUUGCACAUGCCCCUUCAAUUACAACGGAGUGAACUGUCAAAAUCCAGGUCAGUUUUGGAAUGUUCCGAUUACCAUCGAGCGCUACUUGGGCUCUCUCUCUGACGGCAGCACACGAGACGAUACCUACAUCCUGGCUGUCAACUAUCCGAACACACCCCCUCGUCGUUUUGUGACCUUCCUGCACUCUCCAACGUGGGACAGACGAGGGAAGGAGUACUGUUUGUACGGGGGUAAUCGACAGGGUGGAGGGAUAUUUGAGAUUGAAUCACCAAAUGAUCCAGUUAUCCAGGGACAAUACAGAGACUAUAUUGUGGGGGAACAGUUCGGAGUUGAGUUUGCGUAUACUCAUUUUGAUUCUUCACAAUGUAGCCUAUGAAUGCAAUGCACAACUAUAAUUACACUGGUAUGUUAACUUUGAACUUGGACACUUUAGAUGAAUUAUUAUGCCUAUGUGGUUUUAUCUACGUCUUUCAACUUGUGGUAUUCAUUAAUUAUUGUCCGUUAUUGUAAUGAUCUUUCCGAGUCUGUUGUUUGCAUCUAAAGUUAUCACAGCAGAAUUUUUGCUUACCGUAGUGCUAGAAAUUAUAUGCAAACAUAAAGUUAUGCCUUUCGGCCAGUUUUAAGGCUAUGAAAACAUCAUGUGAUUUAUAUAAUAAUUAUACGAUUUCCUCGAUAAAACCCCGUGAUUGAUUUCAGGCCUCGAAUAAAAGCCAAUAGAAUUGUGUGAUACAAA